GUCAUUUCCUCCCAAAACAAGAGGAGCAGUCUGCACAGAGAGAAAGAAAGAAGGAGGAUAGUUUAUGUUUAAUUAAUAAUAAAACAUCUGUCAGCAGACUAAUAACCUGUGUCUGAUUUAAAAGAAAUGUGACGGAGGAGCAGAAACACAAACCGCUCAGAGAGUCCGAGGAGCAGCUGGAAGAGAAGAAGAAGAAGAAGAUAAUGUCGUAAAGUAGAAGCACUUUAAAGGCAGAAUGUCCUCCGGCCACCGGCAGAGGGAUGUGGAGCAGCAGCGCCCCCUGCUGGACGAGGAGGAGGCUGCGGUGGCGGCGGCGGCCAGGAGUUCCCACAUGGAGGCGAAGCAGGUGUGGUUCAUCCAGGACGGCUGCGGCAUGGUGUGUGCCUUCAUCACCUGGUUCCUCGUCUUCUUCGCUGACUUCGUGGUGACGUUCGUCAUGCUGCUGCCGUCCAGAAGCUUCUGGUACGCCGUCGUCAACGGAGUCGUGUUCAACAGCCUGGCGGUGCUGGCGCUGGCCUCACACCUCCGCACCAUGCUGACCGACCCGGGAGCCGUUCCUAAAGGAAACGCCACUAAGAAGUAUCUGGAGAGUCUGCAGCUGAAGCCGGGCGAGGUCAUCUACAAAUGUCCCAAAUGCUGCAGCAUCAAACCUGAGAGAGCUCAUCACUGCAGUAUCUGUAAGCGCUGCAUCCGUAAGAUGGACCAUCACUGUCCCUGGGUCAAUAACUGCGUCGGGGAGAAGAACCAGCGCUUCUUCGUCCUCUUCACCAUGUACAUCGCUAUGAUCUCCAGUCACGCUCUGGCUCUCUGUGGCUAUCAGUUCAUCACCUGCGUCAGAGUCCAGUGGAGAGAGUGCAGCGAUUUCUCUCCUCCGGUGACGAUGAUGCUGAUGAUCUUCCUCUGCAUGGAAGGCCUCCUCUUCUUCACUUUCACAGCUGUAAUGUUCAGCACGCAGCUCCACUCCAUCUGCAACGACGAGACGGAGAUCGAGCGUCUGAAGAACGAGAAGCCAACGUGGGAGCGUCAGACUCGCUGGGCCGGGCUGCGGUCGGUGUUCGGAGGUCAGCCAACUCUGCUGUGGAUCAACCCGUUCGCCGGUCUCCGCCUGUCCGCGCUGCUCCCCAGACGGGUCCGCAGGGGGGGGGCGGAGUUCAACGUCUGACCGGCUGUCAAUCAAACUACGACGGUCGCUCAGUUUCUCCUCACAUGAAUGACUGUUUGUGUGUUUCUGUGGAGGAGGAAACCAGACUGAACCUCUGAGCAUCAGCUGGGAACCAUUCAAACAUCUCCACACCCAGUCAGACGAACUCGGAGGCUGCUGGAUGUGUGGAGACGGUUCCCCCCCCCCCCCCCCCCCCCCCCCCCUCUACUUUAAUCAUUUAAAUUUUUUCUUUUGAAUGUUUUUAUUUUUAUUAUUUUUUUAAAUUUUGCUCGUUAAGAUGCUGGAUCUUCUUAGAGCCGUUCUCCAAUCAUCAGAUCAUGUUGUGUUAUAAAUUGUUGAGAAUCACUCCUCUGAAGAAUGUGUCAUUUUGAAGCUGAAAGUCACAAUGAAAUUACAUAUUAUUAUAAAAAAAAUAUAUAUACAAAAAUACAAUCACUUUCUAUUGAUUUUAAACUGUCAGAAUCUGCAUUUAGUAAAGAAAUCAUGCUUUAAAAUAAAAGGUACCACUUUACAAUAAGUCUCCCUUUAUGAAGACUUUGUCAAUGAUUUAUAAUUGGCUAGUUAAUUACAUUUUUAACCCUUUUAUAAAUCAUUAAUAAGCUGUUAUUAUAAC